CGCCCGACAAAUACCUGCUGAAAGUUCUGAUCAGGUUUUUGCAGCAAGUGCAGCGGAGACCGACAUGGAGGGUGAUUGUAGGAGCUCUCGGGAAUCCGAUGGUCGACCUACCGGCACUAGCUAAAACCUUAGAAGCAACUCAUUUUCCUGCCCUUUUUCCACCGCCAGUCCCCACUUUUCCCGCUAAUCGAGCUAUUUUUUCAACCACUUCACCAGUUAGCCAACCAGCCAUCACAGAAUAAAGGAGCAUUGAAAUGGUCAAGGCUGAAAUAGAAAAUCUUGAAGAUGAGUUUUUACAGAUAACAUGCGAGACACGAGCAUUACUUUCUGAGAGAGAGAAACAAGACAAGAAAUUUUUGGAGACUUUCUCUGAUUUUCUUCUUAAUUUUCCUGUUGCGAAAAAAGCUAUCCAUAUCAAGUUUUUCGAAAAGAAUGAAGAUGAAAUUCUCAAAGCCGAAAAUAUUCGAAAGUUGUUUGCCAUCAUUGGGCGUUACUGUAACUAUCGAAACUAUGAGAUAAUUGUGCAUGUUGUAAAAAAAUUCGGUGAUGUUAAGUUGAAGACGAGCAUUACAAUGUAUUGUAGUGCGAUAGAUAUGUUUGAACUAUGCACUACAGUUGAUGUCUACCUCAAAGACAUUUCAGCUCUUCCUGAUGGUGAAAUUUGCAGGGGAUUUACUCGAAUGGCUAUGAAAAUCCAAAAGAAAAUUUCUGAAUGUACACUUCAUGAGAUUCAAAAGCAAAAGGAAGCAAUCGCAGAGAAUGCCUCCGUUCACUCCUAUGGCGUGUAUAUUGAGAGCGUCGCUGAAAGUUCAGUUCUGGUGCAGUUGCGGGUUCAUCCUGACUGUGCAGAAAUGGUUUUGGCUGCCGUUACACCUGACUUCACAUACCUGUAUAACGAUACUGUUCAGAAAAUCCAAGAUAACGCCACAGGAGUGACAGAAGAGGAUGAUGAUCAGACUGGAGACAGUGGAAUGGGGACUGGGUCUUGUAGUGCUCAGUACCUUAUGACAGACUUCUUGCCAGCAAAGACACCACAUGUAUACACACCAGUCAGAAAGUAUGAAGUGAAAAAAACUGAAUAUACAAGUGUUGUUAAACAAGCAAGUAAGUUAUCCUAUUUAGAUAUAGCAGUUUUGUAGUUUCAUGCCUUCCAACUCCUCUUUCAUAGACAAAAGUGAAACAUCAUUUCAUAGAAUCAGAUCAGUGUUAACGGAAGUUGUCAGAGUUCUUGAAUCAACCAAAGUGCAGGAAAUUGAAUUAGCAGAGCAGGUUAAGACAAUUCUGUCAGAGAACUUCUCAUCGGGAGAUGGUGAUGAGGAUGAGGCAAAAACUCCUCCACCCCUUCCUCCUCGCCCACAACUCCCUCCACCCCUUCCUCCUCGCCUACCACUCCCUCCUCCAGUCCCUCCAAAGACCAAGACUUUAUCUCCUGGUCCCUCUCCUACUUUCAAGACCGUAAAGGACUUUGGUGUGACUGGUAGGGGAGAAGGGAGAGGCGAAGGAAAGAUUUUGUCUCCUGGUCCUUCUCCUAUCUCACAAUCUAUCAAGACAAUGGAGGACUUCAGGAUCGUGAAGGUUCUUGGAAAAGGAUCAUUUUCAAAGGUGGUGAUGGGUAAGGAGAAGACAACAGGAGAGAUACUGGCCAUGAAGAUACUCAGGAAGGAUAAGUUUGCCCAUGCUUUAGCAGAGAAUAAAAUUCUGCAGAAGACCUCUCAUCCUUUCCUUGUUGUACGCCCACCAUGUUCUCUCUCAGGUCCUCGUAGUAUGGCUAUCUUCUCUCUCUUUGCCCAGAGUCUCAAGUACUCAUUCCAGACUCCCGACUGGUUGUGUUUAGUGACAGAAUAUGUGAGAGGAGGAGAUCUAGAAUUUCAUCUCAGUAGAGUGGGAGUAUUCCCAGAGUACCUCACCAGAUUCUAUGGAGCUGAGAUAAUUCUUGGAAUCCAGUGCCUCCACAGCAUAGGAGUGGUCCACCGAGAUAUGAAGUUGGAGAACCUGAUGUUGGAUGAGAAGGGACACAUCAAGAUCAUAGACUUUGGCCACUGCAAGGAAGGCAUGUACUUUAGACACACCACUAGAACCUUCUGUGGUGUUCCUGAGUACAUGGCCCCUGAGAUGUUGGGAGAAAAAUAUGGGCGGGAAGUGGACUGGUGGCAAGUGGGUGUGGCCAUGUAUGUAAUGAUGUCAGGGAAAUUUCCAUUCUAUUCUCCUGAAGGUGGGGCAGUUCUCUUUGACCUCAUUGUAAGGUGAAAAGUGAAGAUUCCACUGGGCCUGUCAGAGGAAGCCAAGUCUCUACUUGAGAGCCUACUGGAAAAAGAUCCUACAGAACGGUUGGUUACACUCAGAGAGAGAGGGGAUGGGGAACAAAUGAAUUGAGGACAUGUGUAUAUCCUGCAGACUGGGUGGAGGAGAGGAGAUGCAGAGGAGGUCAAGUCCCAUGUGUUCUUCGAGUCCAUCAACUGGGACGAUGUCUACAACAAGAGGAUCACUCCUCCCUUUAUCCCCAUCAUCAAGUCUGAGACAAGUACUCUCUACUUUGAGAAGAAAUUCACCGACCAGAGCCCUAACCUGACACCUCCACGAGAUGAAGGUAUAAUAAUACCACUCCACUUUUCCUUCUCUCAUCCUCUUCUUCCCUUUCACUGCAGGUGCUCUUGAAGAUCAUGGUAAACUAUUUGAAGAUUUUAACUUUGUGGCACGUCAAAAUUUGUGAUUGGUGUUACCCUAAUAUCAAGAUCCCCUGUGUGCACAUGUAGGAUAAUAUUUUUGUUCGACCCAAUCUUCGCAUGGAGACUGUAGACAAAACAUUUUGUGUACAUACGUUCAUAGACAGACACAAUACAAAAGAGGUGACAGUAAUAAAGUAAAAAAGGAGGACACAAGCUAUGGAGACCAACAAUGUAGCACACAG